AACAUUCGUGAAACCGGUCUCGGCGUGGAAGCAGCAGCACAAAAAUAGUUGGACUUCUUUUUUUAUGUGCUGAUAUAAGUCUCUGUUCCUAAAUGUGAUGAUUCGUAUUUAAAUAUCAAAAAUUUAUUCUUAGAUCCGCGUCGAAAAGAACGAUCGUGUCUGGUUGAAAUUGAAAGUAAAAUAUUUAAUCAUUCAAACACGAAAAGUUUAUCGCGAUUAUUGGAUCAGUUGAAAGACCAUCAACGACAUCUUCAUCGCUGUCAUAACAUUUAUAAUUAUCAUACGAUAUCAUCAAAGGAAAAACCUUUAACUGUGUGUUGUUGUUUGGACUUUAUUGAGACGUAAACGGACUAAAAUUUUAAGAUUGAGAUAUGAAGAUCGUUUUGUUGGUAGCUUUUGCAUUGAGUGUUGUCAUUGCGAUUCCAGUUGAUGAUAACAAAGCAGAGGUUAUAAAAAGUGAAAUUGUUAACAACGGUGACAAGGGUUACAGUUUUGAUGUUGAGACUUCGGAUGGAUCAAAACAUCAGGAAGUCGGAACCUUCCGCUAUGUAGGUGGAUUAGCAGUCAGGGGAUCAUAUGAGUUUGUAGAUGAUGACGGAAAGGUUCAUAAAGUGAAUUAUGUUGCCGACGAAAAAGGCUUUAGGCCCGAAAUUGUAGACUGAUAAAAUCAAUCUAAUUUGGAAUAAAUCAUUAAAAUUAUAAACACGAAAAAAAUGAAUAAAUAAAUAAAAAAGAAGACAUAAAUAUUAUUAUUCGAUUGUCAAGGGCUUGAUCAAC